UCUUUUUAUUCUACGCAUAUCAGAUGGCGCUGAACGAUAAUACAAAUACAUUACUGCUAUGCAGGUAGUUUACGUUUGAUUCUAGCAGAAAUCAAUUUUUGGUUAAAAUGACUGCGCAAGGAUCACCUACUAAAAUUAAAGAAUUACGCUUGCCUAUGUCAAGGGUAAAAACGAUUAUGAAAAGUUCUCCUUACGUUGAUACAAUUGGCCAAGAUGGACUGUAUUUGGUCACGAAAGCUACGGAACUAUUUAUACACUAUUUAACAGAAGAGGCACAUUUACAAAACAACAAAGGACAUUCUUUAGAUUAUAAACAUCUGGCAGAAGUGGUACAGACCAAUGAUACAUUAGAAUUUCUUAGAGAAAUAAUGCCCAGAAAAAUAACAGUCAGACAAUUUAAGGAAAUGAUGGCUGCCAAGAAUUCAAACAGCUCGUCUGAAAGUAGUUCAGAUUCAGACAGUGAUAGUGAGUCAGAUACUAAUUCCUGUUCUGAUAGUGAUGAUAGAAAAGCUGAUAGUCACUCGACAAGUAGUGAGAAAGAAAAUGGUAACUGUGAUUCAACCAGUGACAAAAGUGAAGCCAGUGAAAAAAGUGACAGUGAAGAUGAAACUAAAAGAUAGGGAAAGAGAUAUUUAUUUUCAUCUAUACUUUCAUACAGACAGGCUCUCUGAUUACCUAAGAAACAUUAUAACUCUACAGACAUUUAGUUUUAGGAGAAUGCUUAAAGUGUCUGUCAGUAUUUGAUGUCUAAAUGACAGACAGACAAUAAUUUUGAAUGCUCAACAUUAUUUUUAUAUGUAUUCAUUAAAUUAAUAGAAAACUAAAUAUGACAUUUC